UGCGACGACUCCGCGCGCGAGAGAUCGCUUCUCUCUCGAUCUUGCCUCGACACCGGUCCUGGCCGGUAAUAAAUCGUGCGAACGCGGGACUCAGCGUUCCGAAGGAAAAUGCGAGUGCACGCACCGCCGCCACACGAAGCAUUCAAUUAUCCGGGGACGCUCGCACCUCCGGCUGUGUCUCGAUUGCCGACAUCUAACGUCAUUAGGAUCGCUCUAAUGUCGGCAUUACGUCGGAGCCCUCGAAUGCGAUGAUCGGCGAUCGCGAUAGAAUGAUCGAUGGAGAACUGAAGAGCGUCGGCCGUGUAGGGAGGACAUCGGAAAAUUCUUCUGUAAUUACGCGUGCCAUUAGUUACACCGAACGGUAACCGAGCGCCUCCGGAGCUAUCGCAUCAACGCCGAUCGAGGAUGGAGCCGACCGGAGCGUCUCUCUGAUUCUCAUAAUUCUUCCGCGUGCACUUUACCGUGAAAGUAACGAUGAUUGAAUAACGACGCGUAUUGUGCAUUGCAUUUUUCGCAAAGGGAAACAAUUGUAUAUGCGCGUGUGUGUGUGUACGUGUGUAGUUAGCUGAACAAGAUUAUGAUGGAUACGUCGGUGAUAUCUGAUGCAACGGCAAUCGGGGGUCCGAUAAUCCGCCUGAUGAAUUGACUCUAAUGAUCGCGCGUUGCGUUACGAGAGAGGCGACCGUUUCGCCUCUUCAAAAAGAUCAGACAAAUACGGCCGAUUACUCAAGCACUUCGGGAUAAUCUUGUCUCGCGUCUUCAACGAGGAAAAAGUAACAGUCUCAUUGGUGCGGUGUAAAUACGAUUAUGAUCGUCUAAUCGAAUAAUCGACGGCUUCGCCGAGGUGAAGGUCUGCCGAACGUCGGCUGUUCUUCGGAGAGAGAAAAACGAAAGUAAACACACACUUAACUCAUAUUACGAUGAAAGACAAUGUAAUGCGAUAAGAUUUACGUGCUCUCCGGAUUAAGCGCUGUCCGUCGCUUUUCACGGAAAAGCGCGUGGGCGUUGGGUAAUAUAUCGAGAUAAUAUAUCAAGAAGAGACAAAGAGAGAUAUUUCGAAGUGAAACGAAACGCUACGCGCAUUUGUACCGUCGCGCUUUUUAUUUUUAUCCUUUAUCAUUCGGAGCACAUAUGGUGUUCCAUGGUGGCUCGUAACAACCGGAGCUCGGGCGCAUCUCGAAAGGGCAGACGGUGCAUAAAUCCGAACUGUUGAUGCAACCGAUGGGUGCGCGGCGCUGACGGAGAAGACACAGGGAGAGAAAGAGAUUCCUCGCAUCCAAACAGAUAUCUGAAGGAAAGAAUACCGAGAGGGGCGGCAUUUAAUGCAGAAUCCCGAGCUGUUCUGUGAAGAGUUCACAGCCUCUAAAGGAAUUUGUUGGUCGCUGCCAGACUAUGCCAUCGCGAGUGAAGAAAUCGUUCUGCGGCUGCCUCCAGGAUGACGAGCCGCCGGAAAUCACGUAUUGCGUGGUGGAACACACGGGCACGCUCACGCUACAAGCGAUGACGCCGACCUUGCCGAUGCCCGCCGAGGAGGAGCUGAACAAGAUGUUUCUCGAGCUGGUCGACGAGCUGGACUUGACCCAGGCCAAUCGGCAGGCCGUUUUGGCACUUCCCGCGAACAAGAAGUGGCAGAUAUAUUGCUCCAGGAAGGGUAACGGCACGCUCGACAACGGCGGCCUGCGGACCACCGAUCUCAGCGGCGAUCCCGAGGACUACAUCAACAGACUGAAGACGAUAGCGAGCAGUCCUUUCCCGGAGGAAGGCGAGGAAGUGUCGAAUCAAAUGCGCCAAGUCGAGGCCCUGAAGACCGCCCUGAGGACGCAGCCGCACAGCUUCGUUCUCAGAUUCAUAGAGCUGGAUGGCCUGAACGCUCUGUUGCAAGUUCUGGGCACGAUGGACGCCGAGGCGGCGAACAGCAAUCUCCACACCAGCGUCAUCGGAUGCCUGAAAGCGUUGAUGAACAAUUCGAACGGCAGAGCGCACGUGCUGGCUCAUCCCACGGCGAUCAACACGAUCUCGCAGUCGCUGGCGACCGAGAACAUUAAGACGAAAAUCUCCGUGCUGGAGAUCCUCGGCGCCGUCUGCCUGGUGCCGGGCGGCCAUCGCAAGGUCCUCGAGGCCAUGCUGCACUUCCAGCAGUACCAUUCCGAGAGAACGCGCUUCCAGAGUAUAAUCAACGAUCUCGACAAGAACUUCGGCAUCUACAAGGACAACCUGUCCCUGAAGACGGCGAUCAUGUCGUUCAUCAACGCGGUGCUGAACUAUGGGCCCGGCCAGGUGACGCUCGAGUUUCGGCUGCAUCUGCGGUACGAGCUGCUGAUGCUCGGUAUCCAGCCGAUCAUCGAGAAGCUGAGGAAGUAUGAAAACGAGACGCUCGACAGGCAUCUCGACUUCUUCGAGAUGGUGCGCAACGAGGACGAGAAGGAGCUCGCGAGGAAGUUCGAGAAGGAGCAUGUGGACACCAAGAGCGCGACCGCCAUGUUCGAUCUCCUGCGACGGAAGCUCAGCCACACCGCCGCCUAUCCCCAUCUCCUCAGCCUGCUCGAGCAUUGUCUCCUGUUGCCGCUGGACUACGGCUCACACCCUCAGCAUUGGCUGCUCUUCGACCGGAUCGUGCAGCAGAUCGUCCUGCAGUCCGAGAGCAACGAGACGGGGUCGAUAAGGAACCCCGACGUGGCGCCGAUCGAGAUCAACGUGAAGGAGAUUGUCCACCUUCUCGCGAAGGAGGAGGAACUCGUGGCGGCGAGGAAGAAGGCCGAAGAGCUGGAGCGCGAGAACUCGGACAUGUCCACGAGGCUGGCUAAGAAGGAGCAGGAAUUGGAUCUGAGGACGCAAGAAAAAGAAGACAUGGAGGCCAGUCUGGCGAGGAUCAAAGAGCGCCUCGAAAAGGAGACGUCGAUGCACAUAGAGACGAAGCAGAGGAUCUCCGAGCUGCAGGAUAACCUGGAGACGUUGUCGCGACAAAUAAACAACGAGAAGUCCGAGAGGAAGCGUUUGGAACAGCUGGUGGCAUCGGGAAGUCUGCCAGACGACGCGAAAGCCACUUUGAAAAUCGUCGAGGAUGAAGUGCUCGAGAAGGUCGAGACCAAACCCACCCCGCCGCCGCCACCACCGCCUCCGUUAGCACCUCCGCCACCCCCUUGUAUGAUGCCGGCGGCACCGCCGCCAAUGAAGGUGGAGAUAAUAAAGAACGUGCCGCAGCCGAGCAAUCCCCUGAAGUCGUUCAACUGGUCGAAGAUACCCGAACAGAAGCUGCAGGGCACGAUAUGGUCUGAGUUGGACGACACGAAGCUUUACAACAUUAUGGAUCUCGAGUCCAUCGACAAGAUCUUCUGCGCCUAUCAGAAGAACGGCGUGUCUACAGAGGGCUCGACGGAAGAUCUGAGGUCGUUGGGCAAGAAUAAGAAGACGAUGUCGGUGAUCGAUUCGAGGAGGGCGCAGAACUGCACGAUACUUCUGUCGAAGCUGAAGAUGACCGAUAACGAAAUCACCAGGACGAUAUUGUCGAUGGAUCAGCAAAAUAUCCUCCACAUCGAUAUGGUGGAGCAGCUGCUGAAGUACAUACCGUCCUCGGAGGAGGCCGCCUUGCUGGACAUGCAUCAGAAGGACUUACAAAGCAGGGCUGAUUGCUUCCUGUAUCAAAUAUCAAAGGUGCCGCAUUACGAGCAGAGGCUGCGUUCGCUGCACUACAAGAAGAAAUUCGCGGCCAGCAUCGCGGAACUGACUCCGAGGAUGCGAGCGGUUCUGGAGGCAAGCCGGCAGGUGGCCAGAUCUCGAAGACUCAGGAAACUCCUGGAAUUGGUCUUGGCGUUGGGGAAUUACGUGAAUCGCGGGAACGCGCGGGGCAACGCGUGCGGCUUUCGGCUGGCUUCCUUGAAUCGUCUAGUUGACACGAAGUCCUCUUGCUCCAAGGGUACGACAUUGCUGCAUUAUCUCGUACAGAUCCUCGAGGCUAGAUUCCGAGAGGUUCUGGAGAUCGAGGAGGAUAUGCCGCAUGUCAGGACCGCCGCCAGAGUCAGCAUGGCCGAUCUGCAAAAGGAAGUGGCCAACUUGAAGAACGGACUGCAGGAUGUUCAAAGAGAAAUAGAAUUCCAUCGAGGUCAAGCUCAAGUGCUUCAGGGUGAUAUGUUCUUACCGGCGAUGAGGGACUUCCAGGCGCAAGCCACGUGUAGAUUAGCCGAAGCGGAGGACUUGUUCCAAGACAUGAAAACCAGGUUCGAUCGAGCGGUUAGGUUAUUCGGCGAAGAUUCCGCUGGCGUCCAACCGGAUGAAUUCUUCGGCAUCUUUGAGAAUUUCCUGCAAGCUCUGGCCGAAGCGAGACAAGACGUGGAGAACAUGAGGAAGAAAGUUGAAGAAGAAGAACGUAGGGCAAAACAGGAACAAGAGCUGCGGAAGAGAACAAUGGAGAGGAAGAACUCGCGGGAGGGCAUAUUGAACAGCAUAUCGUUGAACAAGAAGAACGAGGCGAACGGCAACGGGCAGAGCGACAACAAGGGCGAAUUCGACGAUCUGAUAUCCGCCUUGCGUACCGGCGACGUGUUCGGCGAGGACAUCGCCAAGUUCAAAAGGUCGAAGCGACGACCGGUCACACCCAGCGGUCAAGAAUCUCGCAGGCACAGCACUCACCGUGAAGAUUCUCGAGAGCGUCACUAAAACCUCUGGACAAGCGCCGAUCGAUAUCAGUAAAUCAGAGAGGAAGAGAGGGAGGGAAGGGGAGAGACAGAGAGAGAAAGAGAGAGAGAGAGAGAGAAGUUAUCACUUCGACAUUAUUCUGGAUUGAAAAGAAAAGCUCGAUGGUACUCUUCGGCAUUCAAACAAUUAUUAAGAGAGCUUUCAACGCGAGCUUUCAGCGAUGCGACGCACACGUGCGGCUGACACACGCGUUCCCCAAUGCUGUUCACAAAUAUUUCGUACAAACAACUCGAGACCACAGAAAAAGAGACCUUGACUCGAAGCCGCAUUUCUGCAAUAAUAUUUCUACCAAUACAUGCGAAAAGCUGUGAACGAUUUCGAUUCGUGCAAGUUUCGAUCGCGUAGGUAGAACGGAGUUCUUCGUUCCUAAAGAUUUUCUACGAAGGUAUUCGUACGACAUUAUUCGCGGCGUAUUUGUGCAUUGGACAGUGAGAGCGCAAUGUCUUAGCGUGAACUUUCGUAGAAGUUUUGUACGACGAGCCGUACGUCGCCGUUAAACAGUUCGCCUACAGGAAUUUGAUAUAGCGUUAAUGUUGCGUAGUAAUUUUUCAGGGGAUUUUUUAUAAACAUAUUGCCGGGAUUCUACGUCAAACUAUCAGGGGAGAUUUCCGAUUUCCGCACGUUUUUAUGGAAUUUUUGCACGAAGAGCCACACGCUUUAGCGAGAAGAAAAAACUCGAUCGUGGAAUGUGGAAUUUGCGUUGUGUUAGCGUUUCUACGGAAAAGGUUUUGCAAUAAGCUUGAGGGCGGGUCUACAGAUAUUGAUUCCCUGAUUAAAGGAUUCGUGUACAAUACAGUUACAGUUUGAUGCGAGGGCUCAACUUAUUCUUGAACAUAAUGAACCUCACAUCCUUCGGAAAUAAAGAUACUGCAGCAAAGCGCAGUGCUCGUUGCAAAAUUUCUAACAACUCAGCGAACGCCAAGUAACAGUAACAUCGCACCUAUGUUAUAAUUUCUCGUUCAACAAUGUGAUUGUUAUGUACAGUCAUGUGUUAUAUUGCAUUUAUAUUGUUGACUUGGAAAUUAUAACAUAUCGAUGCCAUGUUACUGUUACUUGGCGUUUGCUGGGACGUUUCGACCAAUUUGCAAUAAUCAAGGGUGUCCAUGAAAAAGAAGAACAAUGCAAUCGGAUAUAGUACAGUGUACGAGGUAAAAAGUAUUCGCGAACAAUCUUAGAGAUAUCAUCUCUCGACCAAAAAGAGGAUAAAAAUUGCAUUCGUCGCAAAUUGUUGUGCAAUGAAUAAAAGUAGUCAAGAGUAGCCGCGUGAUGUAAAAUUAUUAAUAAUGCAUAUUACAGUUUGCGAAUGCGCGCAAUAUGUCUCGAGGAAAUAAUUAUCUUUCAUCGCGUAUUUUUUGCGGCAGGCGCAUAUCAAUUAUCGAUAAUUUUAAGACGACACGAUGCGCGAGUCGACGGAGUCGCGCAAGCUCCGAGCUUGCGGACGGUGUAUUUUUUAAGGGAAGAAGGUGCGAAAUAUUGUAUAUUAACGGUGUAUUGUAUAACGUUGGUCAUCGCAUAGAAAAAAAUUUUGCGUUAAAAACGGCUCACUGAAACUUUUCUUUAACAUGGAGAAUGUGUUGAAAAGUAUGCGAACAUAAUAUUAAAUUAACAUACAUUUGUGUACACGAAGAAAAUAUUGCAGUAAAAAUUACUACAAAAUUUUGUAAU